AUGUUGAACCUUGACCUCAAUGAUGUUUCCCUAUCUUCCACCAAAGCCAGACAAUACCGUAUUGGAGUGAAGAAAACCACAAUUGGUUCAAGACAAGAAAAGCCCUCUGGUCUCCGUGCUCGGAAUCGGGCGGGAUGGAUGAAAUCAGCUUCCAAGCAUUCGUCGGUAUUCAGAGAAUUCGCCGAGAAAUGCGAUGGAGACCUCCUUUUGCGACCGGAAGAGUUUUCUUGUUUUCUAUCGUUGAUUGGCCUUGCCAGCGUCGGACUGAGUACCAUGGUGUCUCUCGGGAUUUGCCACGCGAUCGGCAUUUUGUACGGCCCUAUGCACAAGGCCCUGCCAUUCAUCCUGUUGGGACUCGGAAUAGACGACAUGUUUGUCAUUGCUCAGUGCUGGCAAAACUUGUCGAAAGCAGAGCAGAAGAAAUCUCUGGAGGAAAGAAUCGGACGAGCACUGCAACACGCCGGAGCCGCCAUAACGAUCACUUCCGUGACUGACGUCGCUGCAUUCAUCGUCGGCGCUUCUACAGUGCUCCCAGCCUUGAGAUCGUUUUGCAUUUACGCGGCCAUCGGAAUGCUGUCCUUGUACGUUUACCAGACUACGUUUUUCGUGGCCUGGUUCACGCUCGACCAGCGGCGAAUCGAAAGUCGUCGGAACGGAUUCAUCUUCUGCUAUAAGCACAGCAAGUCUUGGAAGGCCACCUCUUGCUUCCGGCGCCCGUUUGCCUCAAUUUGCUUCGAAGCCUUCGGGAGCAUCCUCUUGAAAACGCCAGUCAAGAUGGUUGUGAUAGUGCUGACGACGAUUGUACUGGCGUUCAACAUAUGGGGAUUCAUUCAACUUCGGCAAGAAUUCGAUCGCGUGUGGUUCUUGCCGACUUCCUCGUACUUGUUCAAGUAUUUCGAGAACACCAAAGAGUUUUAUCCCGGUCACGGCGAGAAAGGAUCGAUCUUCUUCGGGAAACUGAAUUACACUGCCGAGUUGGAAAACAUCGACAACGUUGUCAAAGGGCUUCGGAGGCACAGCGAUAUCAUAAAAGAAGUUCGAGCUUGGACCGACGAUUUCAUUCCUUGGGUUCACGAUCAUACUGGUGGUCUAGCAUCGCUGCCGGCAUUGCAUUUGUCGGAAGAAGAAUUUUUGGAGAAGAUUUCUUUAUUCUUGUACAGUCCGAAAGGUGCUCAAUAUCGGGAUCAAUUUAAAUUCAAUGGGACCCUGAUAUGCAGGGAUCCCGCUCCGCCGAUUUUGGUGUCAAGAGUCGACUACCAGCAUGUUUGGAUGAAGGGACCGGAGCAGCACGUGCCAGCGAUGCAUGUGGUCAAAAAAUUGGCUCACAAUGCAGGAAUAUCAACCGGUGAUGGAAAAGUGAUAGCGUGGGCAAGAACGUACCUCAAUUGGGAAACUGAUGAAGUCAUUCAGCUCGAGUUAUAUAGAAACCUUGGCAUGGCGCUGAUGUGCGUAUUUUUUAUGACUCUGCUCCUAAUAGCGAACGCAGCAACUUCAAUGAUGGUCUUUCUGUGCGUCCUGAUGACUCUGGUCAACAUGGGUGGACUCAUGCAUUGGUGGGGCCUCACCAUCGACACGGUCUCGUCGUUGUCCUUGAUAUUGGCGAUCGGGUUGUCGGUGGAUUAUUCGGCUCACGUUGGUCACAUGUUUAUGACCCUCACCGGCACUCGGGAAGAAAGAGCCAAAACCACUCUCACUGCAAUUGGACCUGCAGUUUUUCACGGCGGAUUCAGCACUUUCCUGGCCUUCAGUCUGUUGGCAGGAACGGAUUCUCAUGUGUUCGGUACAUUUUUCAAGGUGUUCUUUGGCGUAGUUAUGUUCGGACUUUAUCAAGGUCUUUGCUUUCUGCCUGUGAUGCUCAGUCUUAUCGGUCCGGCUCCAUACGAGUCGGCUGUUUCGAGAAGUGAAAUUACGGCAUUGGAGCGAUCAUCAAACCAUGAUCACAACAACGACAAUCAUCACCACAAGCAUAUGAACCAUGGGUCGCAACUGGCCAAGUCUAAUGGGCAUUCGAACCAAGGAUUUGCUCUGAAUGAAAUGAACCCCGGAACCGUCGUGCCGUUGUCUAAACUGGACGAGCAUUUGAUCCGGUUGGCCAAGGGAGGCCUGUCCAUGAACGGCUUCAGGAAUGACGUGGAGAAUUCCCCUUGGCCGAUGCUGACGAGCCUGAACAACCACGUGAACCUUCGCGAAGGCAAAGAGAACAACCACGACUGGACCGGGACUUUUUCGUCCAAGCCCAAGUGGAAGUCCUCUCCGAAACACGGCCGCAGCAUGGCGCAACGCGACCAACCCGACGGCUGCGAGGGGCUGUCCUUCACCUACCACAACGGGAAAGCGUCCGCCUACGCCGCCAUGGACGAGGCGAAGAUGCUCAACGGCGCCGCUUGUCCCGUCACUUCCCGCAUCGCGCUCAAGACGAGCAGCCCGAACGGAUCCCCCGGUGCCCACACGGCCUCGGGGCAAGCUGGAGCUGGCACCAGCAAGAAGCCCGCCAUGCCGCUGAGCCCGGGCAUCCAGAAUUUAUUCCAGCACCAGCUGCCAGGCGACGAGUUCCCGAUGCGCCCUCUGGUGCAUUCCCACGAGAACUCGCCGGGGUCCUGCGAUUCGGGCGUGAGCAGCGCAGGCCACCGGCGCACCGUGCGCCCGAGCCACGGGUCCCCGCCGUUCAAGACGCGGGAUCGGAGCGAGCAGAGAUCCGUGUCGAGCAGCAAGCCGUCGCCGACGGACUCGGACAGGCUCGGCGACGCGGUUCGUCAGCUGCACUCGAUGCCGCUGGAAGCCAGCAAGGAUGAUUGGGGGUUGCCGCAAAGGUAUCCGGUGCCCGGGUUCUCCGGGCUGCAUUCCAAGUCGCUGAACCGACCCGGCGACAGGAAACAUUCGACUCACCGGUGGAGCCACGCCGCCGGGGGCGACGACGCUUGGGGAUGUGAUCCGGGUAGCCUCACCAUGCCCUACAUCCCGCCGCCAGAUUAUACACCUCCUAGUCGCAGAGCUCUGGGCCACCGGUUUCACGGGAACUCAUCCCUAGAGCCCAAAGUGCAAUUUUCUUCCUUUGAUCACUGA